AUAAUUAAUUAAAAAAAAAAGUAAUAAUAAUAAAAAUGUACCGGAUUAUACAUAAUGCAGUUUAUAAUUUUAUCGAUUUUUUUAUUAAAGAAUUUAUUAAAGAAUUCAUUGGGGCUUUACUUUCUGUAAAAUUCCCUAUUUACCUACUAAGGUUUAUAUUUUGGAUGACAAUAUAUUUGUCGCUUGUUUUUAUAAUCUUUUUAAUGAAAUUACACAGAAAAUUUCUAACACGAUUCAUAUCAUACAUAAAUAAAUAUCAUCGACUUACGCAACCACCUCUUUUGAAAUGUUGUGAACUUACUAAUAAAGGAGUUUCGAAUAAUAUUAUAGUGGCUGAAGUGGAUUUAACCUCAUUUAAGACGCACGCAGAAAUGUGUAAAGUUAUUCAUGUACUAAAAAGCAAUUGGACUUGGGUGGCGUUGAUGUGUGUUCCAAUCGUUAGAUUUGUAAUUUUUGAUGACAUGAAAAAAAUAGAAGUUGAGAAUGUAAAACAUGAGAAUUUAAAGGGUGAUAUGAAUUGGGGUAGGGAGAACGAUAAUUUUAAUUGGAAGAUUGUAAUAUUUUCUAGCGAAUUAUUAGACAAAAUAAUACCGAAAUGUUUAGUAUUUUAUAAAAAUCAAAUAAUGGAAAUAGAAGAAAAAAAUGAACAAUUACAACCUCGUUAUUACAAUCAAUAUAAUCAAAAAAUCAUUAGUUUAGAUUAUUGGAAUUUAUUGUUUUUAAUUGGUAUACAGUUAUGUUUAAUAAUGGUUAUAAUGAGUUUUCGGUUCAUGUAUUAUUUAAUUUAUUCAUGGAACGGACAUUUUAAUAAAUCUAAUCAUUUUUUGGAAUGAUACAUAGAAACUGAAAUUUUUAAACAUUGUUUAAUUGUUGAUGGAUUAACUUAAAUAAUUUGACGGGAGAGACAUUUUAUUAGAUGAGUAAUUACCCG